AUGAAUUUUUGGCUAUUAUUUCUGAUAUUCGGAACAGCUUAUGCGGGAAUUUGCAAAAAUGACGACUACACACCGCUCGGGAAUGGGAAAUGUUAUCGGGCUUUCACCACGCUCACUUCAGCCACCUCAGCCUCAUCGGCGUGUCAUUUGACGGGCGGAGAAUUAACAUCGAUACAUUCGGAAACGGACAACUACAUCGUGGGGCUGUGGUUGGGCGGAAAUAUGAUCAACGAUGCAUGGAUUGGACUUCAAUGUGACACACUUGACAACUGUUAUUGGCUUGAUGGCACAAAGCUCAAUUACACUCAUUUUGAUGAUAAUCCUCCAAAUCUCAACAAAGGGCAUUGCUUUUUCAUGAAAGCUGGCACGGUUUCUGUUGGUACUUUCAAUACAUGGGCAACUGGGGAUUGUGAUAAAACGAAGAAGAAUUUCAUUUGUGAAGAAGUCGAUCAAAUCCCCACAAAACGCCCGACCACCAUCAAUCCACCCACCACACAAUUCCCAUUCAGUCACUCGCCCAGUUGUGGAUCGUAUUAUGAGUUCAAUGGAUGGUGUUACAACAUCGGCACUAGCGGUUUAUCGGAAUCGGACGCCGAAUUGUCGUGUCUUGCCGAUGGUGGUCAUCUUGUCUCAAUCCAUGAUGCAUAUACGAACAAUUUCGUCUACACUUUGAUCAAAUAUUCUCAAGUUUCUUUUGCAUGGAUUGGACUGAAAUAUCUGCCGAAUAGUGUCUACAUUUGGACGGACACCACAAAAAUGGAUUAUAAUAACAUUCCAGGAGUACUCGCAGCACAGCCAGGCUCAUGCUUUUCGAUGUCAAAUGUUGAUCAAUACUACCCAGCUCAAUGGGUUCCAAACGCUUGCACGACAACGAUGGCCUACGUUUGUCAGAGACCGAAAAUCGGUCUUCCAACAACCACAAUGCCCACGACUCUCCCCACAAAUCCAUGUGGACAAACACUAUUCGGCGGGCUUAGUGGAACGAUCUAUUCCCCAAAUUAUCCAUACAAUUUCCGCUCGGCUAAUUGCUAUUACACGAUCAAUGCCGACAGUAAUACGGUCAAUAUUGAGAUACCGGCGAUACAGGCAUCGGCUUAUUGGGUGUUGAGUGUUUACGAGGGAGUCUCACCCGAACGAUAUUGGUUGAUUGACAGUAUCUCUGCGGAUGAUCUGCCCCGUAUUCUGAAGAGAUCCUCCGGAAUGUCGACAAUGUUAAUCGCUUUUUGGUCGGAUUCUGUCAAUAUUGGACAACCGUUUGCCAUGAAUUAUAACAGCACUUUGACUCCAAUUUAUCCCCUUGGCAACAACUCUCACUACAGCACUCAAGCACCGAUUCGAACGACUCAACCUGCUUCACUUUCGUGUGAUCUUCAUUGGUAUUUGGAUGAUGUGAGGCGAAUUUGUUACGCGAUUUCCUCACCGGGCAGUUUCGCCGAUUCGAUGACAUCAUGUAGACGACAAAACGCUCAACUCAUCUCCGUUCACAAUCAACAAGAAGAAAAUGAUCUAUACAAUAUCCUCGGAAGAGCUUAUCCAAGCGGCUAUUUUGAUGUUUGGAUUGGUGGAAUUUAUUCGAGUGCGGAUCGUUACUGGAAUUGGGUUGAUGGGACAGCUUUUGGAUAUGUUGAUUGGAUGCCAGGAUCGGGCAAUGGAACUGUCGGCUCAUGUAUCACAGCGGCAAAGCACGGCUCAUCAAGUAACCAAAAGGGAUGGGUUACGAAAGAUUGUGGAACAUAUUAUCCAUCUGUUUGCUAUAAAACACCUAAUAUUGGA